UCUGCUCGUCGGCGUAUUCAGUUCCAUUUCCACUCUCUAAUGGCCGCUUGUUUCGACGCUUCUCUCUCCUCUUCCAUCUUCUUCUCUCUCCUCCUGUUAAUCCAUGGCUCUACAGUUCCGGGUGAUCCGCCAUUGAAGACCUUCAUCUUCCGUGUGGACAGUUUCUCUAAACCCUCUGUUUUUCCCACCCAUUUCCACUGGUACACUUCCGAGUUCGCCGAAUCCCACAAAAUCCUCCAUGUUUACGACACCGUGUUUCAUGGAUUCUCUGCAACUUUCACUCAAGAGCAAGCCGAUUCCGUCGGAAAACACCCUUCUGUGCUUGCUGUCUUUGAGGACCGUCGCCGUCAGCUUCACACCACGCGUUCCCCUCAAUUUCUCGGCCUUCGAAACCAGCGUGGUUUGUGGUCUGAUUCCGAUUAUGGGUCGGAUGUAAUCAUUGGAGUUUUCGAUACUGGGAUUUCCCCUGAACGGCGGAGCUUCUCCGAUGUGAAUUUGGGGCCGAUUCCUCGCCGGUGGAAAGGGGUUUGUCAGACUGGAACUAAGUUCACGGCCAAAAACUGUAAUAGGAAGAUCGUCGGUGCGAGGUUUUUCUCUAAGGGUCACGAAGCAGGGGCCAACGCUGCUGGUCCGAUUAUUGGGAUUAACGACACCGUUGAGUACCGAUCUCCGAGAGACGCCGACGGCCAUGGGACUCACACGGCAUCGACGGCGGCUGGGCGUCACGCGUUUCAGGCGAGUUUGGAGGGUUAUGCUUCGGGAAUCGCGAAGGGUGUAGCCCCUAAGGCACGUUUGGCGGUUUACAAAGUUUGUUGGAAAAAUUCGGGUUGUUUCGAUUCCGAUAUUCUCGCGGCGUUUGAUUCUGCUGUUAAGGACGGCGUCGAUGUCAUUUCGAUCUCGAUUGGUGGCGGCGAUGGCGUUUCCACGCCGUAUUAUCUUGACCCAAUUGCAAUCGGGGCGUACGGCGCCGCUUCUAGGGGCAUUUUCGUUUCGUCUUCGGCUGGCAAUGAUGGACCCAAUGGGAUGUCAGUGACGAACUUAGCGCCGUGGAUUACGACGGUCGGAGCUGGUACGAUUGACCGAAAUUUUCCGGCGGUGGUGAUUAUGGGAAACCGACGGAAGAUUCACGGCGUUUCUCUGUACGCCGGAGCGCCAUUGAACAGUACAAUGUAUCCGUUGGUUUACCCUGGAAAAUCAGGGGAGCUCUCUGCUUCGCUCUGUAUGGAGAGUUCGCUUGACCCUAAGAUUGUGACCGGAAAAAUUGUUAUCUGCGACAGAGGAAGUAGCCCGAGAGUGGAGAAAGGUUUGGUGGUGAAGAAGGCCGGCGGCGUCGGAAUGAUUCUGGCGAAUGGAAUUUCAAACGGCGAAGGACUCGUCGGUGAUGCCCAUAUCCUUCCCGCCUGCGCCGUUGGCUCUGUAGAAGGCGAUGCCAUGAAAGCCUACGCAUCGUCCUCUGGAAAUCCCACCGCCACCAUCGCCUUCCGAGGCACACGAAUCGGAAUCAAACCGGCGCCGGUGGUGGCUUCGUUUUCUGCCAGAGGGCCAAAUGGAUUAAACCCUGAAAUUCUAAAACCGGACAUGAUCGCACCAGGGGUUAACAUUUUAGCCGCUUGGACAGACGUCGUCGGCCCAACCGGUUUAGACUUUGAUACACGAAAAACAGAGUUCAAUAUCUUAUCAGGUACAUCAAUGGCGUGUCCUCAUAUAAGUGGAGCCGCCGCUCUGUUGAAAUCAGCACAUCCCGAUUGGAGUCCGGCGGCGGUAAGAUCCGCCAUGAUGACCACCGCAAGAAUCACUGACAACCGACGACAGCCGACGACGGAAGAAUCCACCGGAAAAGCUUCAACACCGUACGAUUUCGGUGCCGGUCAUGUGAAUCUCGGCCUUGCAAUGGACCCUGGACUAGUCUACGACAUUACAAACACCGAUUAUGUCAACUUCCUAUGCUCAAUCGGCUACGGAGCGAAGAUGAUCCAGGUCAUAUCUCGAACGUCGGUGAAAUGUCCGGCGAGGAAGCCAUUGCCAGAGAAUUUGAACUACCCAUCAAUCGUAGCUGUGUUUUCCAGUCUAUCAAAAGGGUUGUCCACAAAAUCGUUUAUCCGAACGGCGACGAACGUGGGGGCGGCGAAUUCGGUGUACCAAGCUAAAAUCGAAGCUCCGAAAGGGGCGACGGUGAAGGUAAAGCCGUCAAAACUGGCAUUCUCAACAGCGGUGAAGAAACAGAGCUUCGUAGUGGCCAUAUCAGCCAACUACCCGAAUCUGACACUAGGCGAUGUGGGUGCAGUCUUUGGUUCUCUUUCUUGGUCUGAUGGAAAGCAUGUGGUCCGAACACCACUGGUAGUUACUAAAUUAGAGCCGUUGUAGUAGUAAAAACCUUCCGAAUUCGAUCAUGUUCUUAUGAUCCAUUAAAAAACAACACCGAAAAAAACUAAAAAAUUUGCUGCUUCCUUUUUUGAUCUUCUUAAACUUAUAUCAACUUAGUUUCAUAUGUUUAUACGUAUUUCAUCUCUAAUUUUUAUUUUAUGGGUAUUUAUGUUAAGGAA